GCUUACCAUCCCAAGACAACACAGUUGCAUCGUCAAUCCUUCAAGCAACAUCAUGAAAUUUCUGGUUUGCGCUUUACUGCUUACAUCUGCAGUCCUCGCAGAAGAAUCCUCAAAAUCCAAACGUGGCCUCAUCCUAGGAGACCAUGGGUCUUUUUCCCUUGGGCACGACAGCCUUUCAUUGGGAGGCUUAGAUAGCGGAAUUAGCACCAGCGGCGGCUUCAGCGGCGGCUACGGUGGUGGCUUCGGCGGCGGCUACGGUGGCGGCUUAGAAGAUGAACAUCACGGCCACAUCACUCAUAUCACUCUCCACAAGAAAAUCGCAGUACCAGUACCACACCCAGUACCAGUGCCAGUGGAAAAAAAGAUCCCAGUACCAGUGAAAGUGCCAAUUCCCGUGAAAGUUGACAAGCCUUACCCUGUGCAUGUACCUCAGCCAUACCCAGUCCACAUCGACAAACCCUACCCUGUCAAAGUGGAAAAAACCAUCCACGUUCCAGUGAAAGUACCUGUCAAAGUGCCAGUACCAUUCAAGGUCCCUGUACACAUCCCAAAACCAUACCCAGUGCCAGUACAUAAACCAGUCCCAGUUCACAUCCCUGAAUACAAGAUCAUCAAGAAGCCAGUGCCAGUAUUCGUCAAGGGACAUGAAGAGUACUCUUCUGGAGGUUUCGGAGACGGUGGAUUGUCUUUGGGAGGCGGACAUGGUUUGUCCUUGGGCGGCGGACAAGGUCUGUCUUUCGGAAGCGAACACGGUUUCUCUCUUGGAGAUGAUUUUGGACAUCACUAAAUCGACAAUUUCAACAACUACUUUAAAUUAAAUAUGUCAAAAUCGUUUUUAAGAAAUAGUGUGGUUUAGCUUCACUACUGUGGAGAGUUUCCACACUAUUCGCAACCAGGAAUGGAUUGGCAAGCAACUGUUCAAUUUCGUUAGAAAUGUGUGAAUUGUUUGCAACUUUGUAGACGAUUCCACAUUUGAACGAAAUUCUUUCUAUUUUUACUAUUACCUCAAUAAAGACCCAAAAGCAUUA